UUUGGUAUACCCUUCUCGAAAUUUUCCGCGAAAAAACUACCGCAGUGUUCAAGAGACUGCAUUACCAAAUAAGGACAGAUUCUGCAUCAUACCAAACUUUACUCCAUCGCGGAAAAAAAUAGUUCUGACUAUUUGUCCUGUUUAGGGCAAUAUGCAUAUUAUCUCGCACACAAAUAUCAAAAGAAUUUGUUUGGUAACUUAGUUUUUUUACGAUAAGACGAAAUAAAUAUUUCAAAUACUUCAAAUAACACAUUAAAACAAAAGAAAAUACAGGUUUCAUGCUAGCGUAGUAUUUUCCUCUUUUCCCGCAAUUAUUUUCUCACUCUUUCGAGAAACGGCUUACAGCGAAGAUGGCAUCCGCACAGAAACGUCCAAAAAGAGACGAAAACGAAACCAUAGAUGGUUAUAUCCAUAUGAUAUCCCCCGUGAAGACGUCAAAAAACAAAAACAUCAAGUAUUUCAACGCCGUCAUGCAAGAAAAACUGAAAUUUACGGACGUUGUUUGUUUCAAGCCAGACCUACACUGCAACUUCCAAGACUUGGAAAAGAAAAAAAGCCCAGUGUCCCUCAAGAACAUACAGAGAGUUCCAAGCAAUAGAACUUCAUCAGACUUUGACAUAAGGGUUGGAUUUGCAUCAGAAUUGUCUACUCCAGUGAGAGCAUUGGACUUUGACUUUCAACCUCCACCUACGCUUCAAACCACAACUAUCAAAGAUAUUGAGCAGAACUUGAAUGCUUUUCAAAAGGCAACCAUUGCAAUCAAAGUUAUUGACAUUGGACCUACAGAAUCGCGCACAACCCGGUCAGGGCAAGUAAUGGAUUGCAAACACAUUAUCGUUGCUGAUUCUACCAGCUCAAUCUCCUGCUGUUUGUGGGAAGCCCACUUUGACUCCAUAAAACUCGCCCAGUCAUACAAAAUAACCAAUGUAGCAGUGAGAAAUUUCGACAACAUCAAAACUCUUACUACAUGCCCAGAUACAGCCUUUGAAGCAACCAAUGACAUUGGCCCCAUUGUAGAAUCUGAAAAGAAACCCAUUUCAGUAGAAAAAAUUAUUCGCAUCAAGUCUGCUGCAUGCACCGCGGCCAACAAAUGCUCAGUCUGCAGCAAAGACGUGGGGAACUUCAACUCUGAGCUUGACACCAUAAAAUGCCAAUCUUGCAACAUGAGACAAAGAACCCUCGACAUCACAAAACAAUAUAAAUGUGAGGUAGUCGCUCAAGUCGACAACAACAACACCAAGUUAAUAAUACCAGAUUUAGUGUUGAGAGGCCGUCCAGACCUUGUCCUUGAUCCAAAUCAGUUGGAAACACAACUCCUCAAUUCCGUAUCUCUAACUGUGAAACUCAACAUUGGCUGCACACAUGUGUUGGACAUUACACACAUCCAAAAUUAA